GAUAUCUGCCGCUGUUUUACGGCAGCUGUGCUACUGGGAGGGUGGUGGCUGAGAAGAAGAAGAAAUCUGCCAGCAUGGCGUUUACUCUGUACACUCUCAUCCAGACCGCUAUUCUGUGCACUAAUGCAGUCGCAGUGCUGCAUGAAGAGAGAUUUCUCAGUAAAAUCGGCUGGGGUGUCGAACAGGGAGUCGGUGGUUUUGGAGAUGAUCCAGGAGUCAAAGCUCAGAUUCUCAACCUCAUCCGCUCCGUUCGAACCGUCAUGAGAGUGCCUUUGAUAAUGGUGAACUCUGCAAGUAUUGUUCUGCUGUUGCUGUUUGGUUAACCCCGGGCCAAUAAUGGACCAAAAGCACGAGAAGUCAAAGAGCCACCGAUCACUACACACAUCAGCACUCUGUCAUUUAGACCCUUAUGUCUUUGGAUGGUUGGGUUCCUGUAAGCAGCGUUCCAGUCACAGAUGUUCUCCCACAAAGAAGAAUGAUGCUGCCAUCCAGACAGACGUAUGACUCCAGCAGGCUUCCUCCCCUGCUCUUGAGUGUGUAUUUAAUUUUUCUGAAGUCGAAUUGCAGGUGAUGAAUUUCUCUUCAUCCUGAGCUUCUGUGCUGCUGAUCAUCUCCAGGAUGUGUUGGCAGGAACCUGUUUAGAUUAUUUAAAAGGUGCCGUACGUUUUUGUAAAUGGUUAAAUUCAGCCGUAAUGACUCGUAAAGAUGCUGAAAAAUCCUGUUUGGAAAUUAAAAAUAAGAACUCUAUUACUAUCAGUUAAUUAGUAUUAGAAAAUGAUGAUUUGGCAACAUGUUUGUUACACUGAUAAAAGACACUUUGUGUGGAUAAAGAUCAGCCUGCCAUACUGUAUUUAAUGUAUAAAAAAUUGUGUUAUUCAUUCACAUUUGUGUGAAAAUUUUACAUUUUAAGCAGUAUUUCCAAAUUGAUGUACAUUUUCCACACUGUGGCCUACUUGAUUUUAUGAAAACUGAGAUAUUUUGUUAUUUUAAAAUAAAUGUAACCAAUUUGGUGAGGUU